AUGAAAACUGGCCUUGACGGGAUUUGGCACGAUGAGAUGUUGGAUAUAGAAGAGUUGAUAAAGCAAGAACCUGCAUUUAAACCAUCUAGAUUGAAUUCACUAUAUUCCAACUUUUCCAGGAAUAAGCAACUCAAUCCAGAAGGUUACCAAGCAAAUAUUCAAGCUUGGAAAUCAUUAUUUAUUCGAAUUAUUACCACGGAUGCAUUUGGUGAGGGUAGCGUAGUCUCCGUUUCGUGUCAAAAUCUUAAGGAGAAGUUAGCGUUGCCUAUAUAUGGAGUGCCUCUAAAUCUUGGUGGCAUUUUACAAACUUUUGUAGAUGACCAUUUCCUAAUUCCAGAAUCACUAUUUCUUAGUGCUAAAGAAAGCUAUUUCAGUACCGUAAGCGGUCAUUUUGGAAUUGGUAAAUUGUUUUCUGUGGCAAAUUGGCUACAGUGGAGAUCGUUGCAUGGGUUCCGCGUGACAAGGAGUGAUAAAUUGGUGGUGAAUGAGCGAUAUAUCUAUUGGGAUGAGAUGACCAAACUUGGUAAUCAAAUUGAGACGAUUAUUGAAGAUAAAAUUGUGGCAAAAGAGACUCACUUUGGUAACUUGUUUACGUCCAAAAUGUUGAUUGAAGCAUUAAAGGAAGAGGAGCACCAUAAACUGAUUUCAAGUGUGGAUUUCAAGUUAUUGUUAACUUAUUGGUCGCGAGAUUUGAAAUGUUGCUAUACAAAAGACGUCAAUGGAAUAACCUACGUUAAAUGGUCAACUGAGAGUGAUAUAUCCGACCAAGACAUGAGCAUAAUUAAUGUCAAAUCUACACUAAUCAAUCUCGAACAUAAAGUAGGCGAAUUGGAAAAAAGGGUUAAAAAGAUAGAUUACAAAACUGUUCUCAGCCAGCCUAAGGAGCUUCGCCAACUGAAAUUAAAACAACUAAUGCUAUCAAAGAACCAAUUAGUUAAGAUGUUAAACAAUUUAAAUAGUCAAACAAUGGAAUUACUGACAAUAUUACAGAAACUCGACGAAGCAAGAUUUAAUAUUGAUUAUGUCUCGACAUUGAAAGAAAGCAUGGCUACUUUAAGUAAAUUAAAUGCAAAGAUUAACGUGAAAGAUAUUGAUGAAAUUAGAUUAGAAGUAAACGAAGAGAUUGCAAAGGUGGACGACCACUAUAAUGCUUUAGUUGCUGAAGAUAAGGAAAUCGAGGAUGAGAUUGCCGAGGAAGUGGAUAAGGAAUUAGCCCAAUUGCAGAAGGAGAAUGAAGAAAAGUUGAAUACUUUGGAUUCUGGAAAAGAAGCUGCUUUGAACCCUGAUAAUAGUGGGUCUGAGGAAUUAAUGAGAAAACUUGCAAAUUUGAAAAUAGACGACAAAAAAACUCCUCCCCUUCCUUCUCAAGCAUCCAAAGCUGACUCGAAAAUACAGCAGCCUUUGACAAAUUGA